AUGGAAACCAAUCUUUAUUCUUGCACUCGUGCUGGACGGACGAUUUCCGAGAAAACUAUGGAAGAUGGUAAUAUUGUCAAUGCGAAAGAUGAUAAAAUCACUGCAAUUUCAUUGACAAAUUUAUACGGCGAACGCCCUCCAAAAUCUACUACGAAUGGACACGAUUUCGCUGGAGAGCCGUCUAGUCCGCUCGACGAGUCCGACGAUCAGUGCCGGCAGCCUGCCGACACUUUAAGUGAAGACAAGUUCAAGAAACGAAUAAAUCCACUUAGAAUACAUCUUGGAAAGAGGCCGUUUGUAGAUAACUCACUUCAAUAUUACAAUCCAAACAAGAAAAGAAAACCUUCAGUGAAUAAAAGUUGUGAUAGCACCACUGUCAACUCAGUGCCAAGAGUGCCCAAACUUAUACCUAAGCACUUAGACCGUAACCAAUUUCAUAAUGUUUCAUCAGCCGAAAGUGAUGUUAACAAUGAAAGAGACAAACCUGUGCCUCGGCUUGUUCCCAAGAGCCAACUGUUACAGUUUAAAAAGGGUAAAACAGAAAAAGGAGCCCAGUUGAAGGAAUAUGCCCAGAGUUUAGGUCUACAGCCUAUGGUGAAGUUCAAGUGUCGAAAGUGUUGUUCCAUGUCAUUUAAGACCUUGGCAAUGUUGAAAGAACAUCAGAUAGUUUGUCGUGCUCAAGCAAAAGAGCCUGCAUUGAGCCCCGAGGCAGCUCCGUGUCCAAGUGGCACCAACAAAAAAGGACCUUCAAGAGUUACUAGGAAAGUGUACUUGUGCUCUGCAUGUGGAAAAUAUUAUGAGAACUGGAAUCUCUUUCUACACAUGAGAGUAGUACACAAUAGGCACAUCUGUCUAUUUUGUUUAGGAAUGUUUUCAAAAGCAGAAAAACUCUCAUCACAUCUGACAAACAAACACCAUGUCAAGCAAUUUAACUAUGAUAGCAAAGAAGAAUUCCUUAAGGUUUACAAGGGUUCUUAUUAUAUAAUGUGCUGUGUGUGUAAUGAAAUCUGCAGUGAACAAGAUGACUUUUAUAAUCAUGAUUGUAAUAAUGUUAAACCAAAGCCUGUGCCUGUUCUCAUUAGUAAAAACGCUGCUAAGACUAACAGUCAGAGAUAUAAAUAUUACAAUGAAGUUACUACUAAUGGGAUCACAAGUAUAGUGAGAGAAACUACAAAAUUAGGUAAAGAAACUGUAAAAUCCAUUUGUGAUAGAAAAGACAUUAGUGAGAAUAGGCUCGAGACUGUGACGUCUUCAACACACAAGACUGUGUCAGUGGAAACAACAGUUGUUGAACCAUUAAUUAGUGAUACAAGUAUUAGUUCAGAUAGUUCAGCUCUAAAUAGUAAAGAUACUACUACAAAUACAGUGGACUCAGGGAUGGAAUUGGAAAGUCCUGACACCAAGUACACGUCAAGUCCAAUUCAUCAAAACACUUUCAGCCCAGAUAGAAAUAAACAUGAUAUACCUAAUGGUGGUGAUGACAGUUUAGAACAUUCAGAAGACAGUGAUUCACCGGUUUCAGAUGAGAUCCAUGAACCGGUGCAAGAGUCACUGAUUACUAAAACUGAGGAAAAAGUUUGUAUUCCAGUGGAAAAAGAGGGUGGUAUUAAGUUAAAAUUAAGCCUAAACAAUGCAAAGUCUCCUGUUAUAAUUAAUUCAACAGUUGAUCCAACAAUUGGGCAACAAAAUGUACAUAAACCCCCAACUCGUUUUCGCAGACCACCAAAACGAUAUGAGAAAGAUAGUACAUCUGAGAAAGAAUCUGUGGGGCUGCCUAAAACCCCUUCAAUUAAAAUGACAAUAUGUGAUAGAGCUGAUAGUCCUUUUGUUAAAACCACUAUAAUUGAAAAUAACAAAGAAACCACAUUGAAAACUCUACUUAAUAAUAAUGUAGAUUCAGUUUUAAAAACACCUGAACCCAAACCUGAUAGUUAUGUGAAAACAACUAUUUAUGAUAACAAACUAGAAGACCUUAACACAUUGAAUAGGGUACCAAAAUUAACAGUCAGACUACCUAAAGAACUUUUAGAUAAAGAUUCAUCCAGUGAAUAUUCAUCUGAUACUGAUGAUGAAAGUGAAAAAUUAACAGUUGAUGAAAAUAACACAAUAACACAAGAUGAAAAUGAUAAAUCUAUUGAAGAACCACCGGUUGAAGAUACUCUGACUGAGUCUACAUUGCCACCCCCAGAUGUAAAUGAUGAAACACUACAUACAUCUGAAGAAAAUAUCCAAGUAGAUGAUGAUAACAUGGAUAUAGACACAGACAUAAAGACUGAACCAACAAUAGAACAGGAGAAACCUGCUGAACCAAUUAUAGAAGAACCUUCUAUUCCUGUAACUGAAUUAUCAUUAGAUAAACCCUUAGAUAAAUAUCCUCUCAAGGACCUACUAAAAGUUUUCUUAUCGUCUACAAUUUAUAACUGUAUAUAUUGCAACCAUGUACGUAAGAUUGCAGUAAACUGUGAGCAGCUUGCAUUACACAUGGUGGCACAGCACCGGUUCAGAGCCACAGUAGACAGUAUCACAGCUGAAGAACUGAUGCCAGAGACUAUCACAACUAAGUUGAUCACAAGUGCGCCGGAACUAAACUCUGUGUACAUAAACUUGGACUCUUACGACAGUGUAGAUAAGUGUGAUGAUGUACAAUAUGACUAUAUGUUUGAAUGUUUUCAGUGUUAUUUUAAAACUGCUAUCCAUAAAGAUCUCUAUUUACAUAAUCGCAAAAUGCAUCAAAAAACUAUCUUACUGUGUGUGAUGUGUAAGUCUAAUUUUUAUAGUUAUAGUGAAUUAAUAUGUCAUUUAUGCCCUGGAACAUAUGAUUCUGAGUAUGAAAUUAAGUUUAGAUGUUGUUUAUGCAAUGUAGAUGCUAUUCCAUCUCAGUUUAGAUUGAUGGUACACUUGCGAAAGAUUCACCACACCUGUGACGUAUGUUUGGAGUUGUGUCACAAUCAGGCGCGUCUUUCUAACCAUGUUUGGAAGCAUAAACUGCACCAUUUAUGUUAUAGAUGUGGUAUUGCAUACAGGAACAAACCAGACAUAACUAACCAUUUGUUUUGGAAACAUGGUACUGAAAGUGUUAUGUGUAAGAAGUGUAUGCAGAAAAAGUGGCCCCAUGUCUAUCACUUCUGCACACCACCAGCAGUUUUUGCUUGUGAAGAAUGUAGUUUGCAAUUUACAAAGGCUGUGUAUUUAAAAGUCCAUAAAAGAUUUCACUCAGGGGAAUAUCCACAUGUUUGCACAGAAGAAAAUUGCACAGAAAAAUUUGUAUCAAAGAAGCUGCUAUCUAAACAUUUAGAUGAUCAUAGAAAGAAAUUGUUAUCAGAGGAGCUGAAUGCUGAUAAGCACACACAUAGUGAAGUAUUACCAGAAGAAUCUAGAGAUCCUAUUCCUGUUAUUGAUUUAGUGAAUAACAUACCAAAAGAGGUCACUAGAUCUUCUGAAAUCAAGACUGAGUCUGGUACUGAGCCAUUGACUAAAAAGGAAAGGAAGAAGAAAUUAAAAGAGAAAGAUCCACUUCUGCUUGAUGUAAAUUUACCAGCAUUAAAUCUUUCAGAAAGUGAUAGUAGUGAUGAAUCAGACAGUGGUCUUCUACCAGUUACAAAAUAUCACAAACUUGAAGAGACACUUAUGGACACAACGGUACCAAAAUUAGAAAGUGAGGACAUAAAUAAUACAGAAUGCGAAAUGAUAUCAAAAGUAGAAGUGAAACCUGAGACUUUUGAAGAAAAGCCAAAUGACCAACAAGUAUUAGACAUAUGGGAUAAUUUCAAAAAGUAUCAGGCAAAGGUUGAAAAGCAUAAAGAAAAGACACCGCCGUUAGUACCAAUAAGAAAACAUGUCUGUGAAUCUGAUCACGACUAUUGCUUAAUACCCACUGACAUGAAUGGAGAUGAUGAUAUAUUUAAUAUUGAUAAGAAGAAAAAUAAAAAGUCGCCGAAAAAACACCGAGGUGACUUAUCGUCGUCCAGCAGUAGCAGUAGUGACAGUGAUUCUAGCUGCUCGUGUGGUUCUAAUUGUAGCUGUUCCUCUAGCAGUGGAUCUUCGUCUUCUAGUUCAUCAGAUUCUGAUUCGUCUGAUGAGUCAGGUAAUGAAAAGAAAAAGAUUAAACGUUUAAAGAAAACGUUACCCAAUCGAAGAAUAAGCACUGGUUCAAAUGUCGAUGUGAUGGGUAUGUCUGAAACUCCCAUUUUAAUACCUGAGACGACAGAGCCUCCCAUUGCAGAGACUGACCUAGAAACAGAUGAAAGCGAAACUGAUGAAGAAUUCUAUGAUGAGAAUCCUCAGCGAAUAGCAAACAAAUUAAAUGAAGAAAAGCGUAAUCAGUUAAUGGCAGUCCCAUCAGUAGGCCCGUCUGAUGGUGGUUCAAUCUCGGGAGAAGCCAGUCGACCAGCUACACCUAUUAAAGAAGAAGAAAAGGAAGUUAAAGAAGAACCAAUAGUAGAAGAUACAACAAUAAAACCACCUAGUGUUAAAAAGAAAAGUAAAAAGAGAAAAAAGUCCAAGAAUUCAAAAAAACAUGGACCCAUAAAAAUUAACAUUCCUAAAGAUAUAAUUACUAAAACAGAAGUAGAGACGCCCCCGCCCCUUGUCCCUAAUAAGAUAACAAUAUCUUUACAAUCAAACACAGUACAAAUUCCAGAAGCUCCUAAACCGACCCCAAGUAUAGCCAAUACGAAUACCCCAGCGACAUCUAUAGAAAAGAAACGAGCGUCCAAACGGCGGCGAGUUCCCAAUAAAUUCUACGGCUACUCCAGUGAUGAGGAAGCGCCGCAGACAACUGUAUCAGCACUAAAACCGCAACAACCACCUAAACUUGAAUGGAGGAAAGAGGAUUUGCCAUCCCCAGUGACACACAAGGCAAAGAAAGAAGUACCUUCUACUGUAAUAUCUAACAGAUUAUAUAAUUAUACUGAUCCUAUUAGGUUGACAGCUCCUAUACCUGAUCCUGAGCCACCGCGUAUCUUAAUGAAUUCAGAGUCAAUGGAAUCGAGCGAUUCCGAUUGCAGUGACGAAGGAAAUUUAGAAAUAUAUCAGCCUAAUAGCCAAGGUUCAGUGCCGCCGCCUCCGACGUAUUUGAACUCUGGUACCUCCAGCUUACCGUACGCUUUCCAGAGACCCGUAGCGCGAGAGGCGCGCGAAGGUGAGAGUGUCUAUUGUUACUGUCGUUGUCCAUACGAUGAAGUGUCUGAGAUGAUCGCUUGUGACGCUGAAGGAUGCCCCAUAGAAUGGUUUCACUUUGAGUGUGUCGGUAUCAUGGUACCGCCUAAAGGCAAAUGGUACUGUCCUGAAUGUAGGAAAAAUCAAAGUUUCUCAGGUUACAGAUAA